CUACUAACGUCUUAAUAGUCUCCGGUUUUGCAUCCAACAUUUAUUUCCCAGCAAUACCGACAAUUGCAAAUGACCUCAAUGUCUCCACCGAACUUCUCAACCUGACUGUUACCUCCUAUCUGAUCUUCCAGGGUCUAGCACCCAGCCUCUGGGGCCCAAUUUCUGAUGUAAAAGGCCGCCGGACAGCAUACAUGUGCACAUUUAUUGUCUUUCUAGGCGCCUGUAUUGGACUUGCAGAGACGAAGAACUACGCGACACUUAUUGUUCUCCGAUGUCUUCAAAGUACUGGAAGCGCUAGCACGAUUGCAAUUGGAUCUGGCGUUAUCAGCGACAUCACCACUCGGGCCGAACGAGGUGGCUACAUGGGAAUCUUCCAAGCUGGUCUGCUCGUCCCUGUUGCCGUCGGUCCCGUAAUCGGAGGUGCAAUUGCUGGGUCCCUUGGAUGGAAGGCGAUUUUCUGGUUCUUGACCAUUUACAGCGGUGCUUUCCUCUGCUUUCUCAUCGUGUUUCUUCCAGAGACUCUUCGAUCGAUCGUUGGUAAUGGAAGUUUGAAGUCUCCCAACCCACUGGUGAACUUUCCGCUGGACAUAUAUCAGAAAACGACCAAGGUCGAUUGGGAGCAGAUUCCGGACGGCCAAGCGCAGCGCGCCGCAAAGAAAAAGAUUGAUGUUUUGGGCCCGCUUCGUAUACUCAUGAGCAACCACGCGGCACCUAUUAUCAUUUUUCUCGCAAUAUAUUACGCCGUAUGGCAGAUGAGCAUCACAGCGAUGUCCUCCCUUUUCGAAAGCCGCUAUGGUUUGUCAGAGAUGCAGAUCGGUUUGACGUUCAUCGCGAACGGUGUCGGAUCCAUGAUCGGAACACUCGUUACUGGUAAAAUUCUCGAUGCCGACUAUCGUCGUGUGAAGACCAGGUAUGAGGCUUCGCUUGAUGCAGAGCAAGGAGAGGAUACCACUGCGGCUACACGCGAAGAGAACUUUCCCCUCGAAAAGGCCCGCCUUCGACUUGUGCCAAUCUUCUCCAUCCUCCAGUGCCUUUCUAUCAUCUUGUUUGGUUGGACGAUUAAUUUUUCACGCAAGGUACAUAUCGCUGUGCCUAUCGUCUCGACCUUCAUCACGGGCUGGACUGCUGUCUCCACACAGUCCCUCAUCAUGACUUAUCUUGUUGAUGUUUUCCCCGAUAGAAGCGCUGCGGCUAGUGCCAGUUUGAACCUUGCACGAUGCCUCUUUGCUGCGGGGGGUACAAGCUUCAUCAUGCCUCUUAUCAAUAGUGUUGGGGUUGGGGUGGCGUUUACCAUUUGCAUCGCGGUCCAGCUGCUCGCAUUGGUCGGACCUUUGAUUCAGUGGAGGUUUGCCGCUGGGUGGAGAAGAAUGGAGAGGGAGCGGGAUGCCCAAAGAGUGGACGUGAAGAACUAAAAGUCGUUGUUUUCUUAAUGGGUAUCAAUAUAUUUCCUGCUGUACUCGGUAUCACCCCAUUUGGUGGGUUCUGACUUUGCUUUCUUUUCUCAAGCUUCA